UUAACUAGUUUUCGUUGUAACGCAACAACAUAUAAAUUUCGAAAUGUUUAAUUUUCUGUAUAUUUUACUAUCUUUGUUUUCUUUUACAUCACAAACCUUAGUGAAGUGGUUACCGGAUUCGAGCUUCAAUCUACCUAUUAAUUUUAAAAAUGGCGAACUUCCAUGUUCAAAACAGACAGUUAUAUUCCCCACGAGACUUGUGGGAUCAGUGAAAAUUAAUUCUGAAACGAAUGUAAAUUCAUUUGUGUUGCCUAUCGACGGUGAAAUUGAUCUUGAGGGAACUAUAAAUUUAGGUGAAGAUCCAUACGAAACGAACUGCACAGAAGGUAAUGUUUAUUAUUUAGAAAACUCUAAAGCAUCAUGGGCGCAAGCUAAUGUUUGGAGUUCAACAAAGUUUAAUAAGGCCACGCCUGAUACUGAGAGAGUCCCGUGUUCUGAUGAUAUCGUCGAAUUUCCUGCAAAUAUUCAAACGACAGUUACGCUCCCUGAACUACCUCAACACAUUAGAUAUAUACAAGUUGGAGAUCAGCAAUUCACAAGCGCUACGAAAUUUUAUAAUUACGUUAUCACAGGAUCCGAUCAACCAAUACAGUUCUUUUUAAAUACACUAUACAGUGUAGGAUUAGUCAUCGGGGAUACGCAAUGCCAGUCGAGAUCUGGUUGCCCGUGUCAAGAUAGCAUUUUACAAAUCGACUGUUCGUCAAAGUACUGCCCAGUACCAACUUGCGUACAUCCAAUCAAACCUAUCGGACAUUGCUGUAAAAUUUGUGGCGGUUACAUUUUCUUUGAUAUCACCAAGAGUUUCGAUAUUAUGGAAUUUAAAGAACUCGUAGAAAAGAUAGUGGAAAGUUAUGGUAGUGAUAAGUUGGAGUAUCACAUUGGGAGAUUGCCAAAUGAUAAAGUGCAACUUGUGAUUGUCGAUAAGGACGAGUAUGAGGGUACAAGUGCGGAGGUACUGAACACUAUUAAUUACAAUAUGAAGGAACAUUGGGUUGAAGGUACUAAGUAUGCACAAAUAAGUGGGAGUCCUCUCUAUAAGUCUGGGAUGGGUGGGAAAAUUUUCAUAUCAAUGUUCUUUUUAGUGGUCUGUACGAUCGGUAUGAUAUAUGUUUAUUACUAUAAAGUACCAGAAAUCCGAUACCCUAUGAUGGGACGGAGUUUGCCGACAUUCUUGGCGAGGAUUCAAAGGCGAAGUGAUAGUGUAGUGUCUCUGACCAGACGGGAUUCUGUAAUGACGAGUACUGGUAGAACAGCAUUCAGAAAUCCUUUGUAUGAUUCUAAAAGGGGGCGUGUGCAAGUUGAAGAGGAGGUUACGCCGCAAUAAUUUGGAACAAAUUGAUUUCGUUCGUAUUAUUUUAUAAUUUCCUAUGUUCAAAUUAUCAUUUCAUUUUACUCAUAUACAAGCAAUAUUAAGCCUUAA